AUGCAGCAGCAAGAUGAUGGAGGUGAUUGUCUUUACAACUCUAAUCUUAAUAAUGGCAAUUUGUGUUUUGUAUUCUCGGGUUAUUCUUUCUUGUAUACUUUAGAGAUUGAUGAGAAAUCUUGCAAGAAAGUGAGAAAGAUAAACGUGCCUCUCCCUAGUACUAUGUGCGCAGUGAUCGGAUCAUGCAACGGGUUGGUUUGUUUGGCCAAGAGAAACCACUUUGGCAUUUAUUUUCCUGCCUAUAUCUGUAAUCCCAUCACGAAAGAACGUAUAAAUCUUCCAUUAUUCAUCACCAACAAGAAGGAAAAGGAUGUUCGUAGAGUACUAUCCGGGUUUGGUUGUGUUCCUUCAACUAACGAGUACAAAGUUGUUCGAAUUGUAUACUACAACAACAACGAAGAUUUGUUGGGGCAUGUACAGGUAUACACUCUUGGUGACGGCAGUGGAUGGAGAGAUAAAGAAGAAACCCAUUACCAGUUAAGUAAUGAAGCAAGGAACAAUGUUCUUGCAAAUGGCGCUCUUCACUGGCUAGAUUCCCAAGGGAAUAUAGUGGCCUUCAGUUUGGCAAAGGAGGAGUUCCAGUUACUCUCACCACCACCUUUUUUACCUGCUUCCACCGAGUCUCAGAUUUUCAAACUUUGUGUGCUUGGAGGGUGUUUGUGUGUCUUUCAUCAGCUACGAGGAUAUGUAAGUAACGCAACUUUAUGGAUGUUAAAGAAGAAAACUAGUGGUGAUUGCGGCGUAAAAGAGCAGGAAGACUACGACUCGUUGAGUUGGAAUAAAGAGUUCACCCUUCCAUUCGAAUCCCUGAGUUGGAGUAAAACGUUUACCCUUCCAUUCGCCAUUACAAAGAGCGGUGAAAUUUUAAUUUCCCUCUUUGAGAUUGGGAAGUCUAUUAUUUGUUAUGACACAAACACUUCAACUACAAAGGAGAGAUGGGAAGUUGACCAGAUCUUGUUCCGUUUUGAAGCAGCACCACACAUGCAUAGCUUUGUUUCAUUGAAAGAAUGCAUUAGGAAAAAAACCGAUCGAGAUCGCAACUCUUCAAGAGUCAUAAUAGAAUCCUAA